AUGUCUCAACAAGGUAGCCGCAACACCACACCUUCACCGGGUCUAUCGAUGAUCGACUAUACUGAGAAUUAUCCACUACACUUCAUUCCUGUCCGUCCGGUCACUCCGCGCUUUGAAGGAAGCCACUGUAAAAAUUGUAUUCAAUACAUGGAGCACAUCAAGCAGUUGCAGCAACACAUUGACCGUGUACACGAGGAAAACCGACGCCUCAAUUCCAACAACCGCACGAUCCGCGAAACCUAUGGACGCUACUAUAGCCGAGUAAAAACUGAAGGAAGAGAAGGAAGUGAUUGCCCAAAAUAUGAGCAGGAAGAAGAGCACAUCGCCAUCAAUUUGAUGAAGCGCAUGCGUGAGGUGCAAGCUGAGCGUGACAAUGUCAAGAAGGAGAUGAAGAAGGAACAAACUGAACAAAUGGACGCAAUGAUGAAGAAUAUACGCAAGACUGAGACAGAGUUGGAGGAGACCCGCAAGGUUCUUGAUCGUAUGCGACGAGAGAAGAUCGACCAGGAAAACGCUUUGGAAACUGAGCAAGAAAUGUUGUACAAUACGCUUGGGAAACAGUUGGAUCAGCUCAACACCGAUAAGAAGAGACUGGAAAUCAUUUUAAACCGCGCUUAUCUGAGAGGCUACGUUGAUAAUGAGGAUAACAUUGAUGUUCGUGGAGGCCCUAGCGGCGUUCCCUCUCCUAUUCCGGCUGUCGUUGCCGAAGAAGUGCGUCCUCCAUCCACAUUCACUGCCGAGGCCCAUCAGGCAGAAAUGAGUAAACUCGUGAUGGUGGCCAGUGAACGAAAGGAAGCAUUUUGCGGCUACAUGGAUGAAAUGCGCCGUUCCUUCAGUGACCGCUUCGAUGGUUGCUUGACGCCCAGUGGUUCGAGCAAUUAUGUGAUGGAAAGCAACGAUGUGAGGGAAUACUCGAUGGGCCCACCUUCAGUCCCUCCUACUCCACGUCCGGCUAUUGACUCCGUUUCGGACAUGGACGAUGCCUCUUCGCGUGGCUCCCAUCGUGAUGAU